CUGUUGCAUUUGCAUUAGUCUUUAGAAAUAAAAAAAAAACUGUAUUUCAACCAUUAUAUUUCGAAAUAGCGUAUGGUAGGCGCAAUUAAGCGUACGUUAUUAUCAAGGAACAAAGAUAAAAUUAUCUAUUAAAAGCAGUUAAUUGCAAGUGGUUUAUCGGAAGCGUUAAAAAUAGCGGCCUGGACAAUUAGAGUUUACUUUUUCGUUUAAAGACAAAAAAUAAGCCUCACGAUGCUUUCGCUAAUCCUGAUCUGGGUACUGAUCGUGAUGAUCUGUUACCAGUAUCGUCGAAGGAACAUCGUUUUACUAGGAAGCAAAUUGCCCGGCCCCAAGGGCCAUCCGAUUAUAGGACACGCACUCAUGUUUUACGGAAAACCAGAGAAAGCGUUCAAAAAAUUCAACCAGCUGAGUAAGCAGUUCAAGGAGAUUAUAGCGUUAUGGAUAGGGCCUCAACUGCACGUGGUGAUACUCUGCGCCAAAUACACUGAAAUCAUCUUGAAGAAUUCUAGAAGCACCGUGAAAUCCGAAGAGUAUCAGUUCUUAAAGUCGUGGUUAGGUGACAGUAUAUUAAUAAGCGAAGGCGCUAAGUUUAGAAGAAAUAAGAAACUUUUGACACCCAGUUUCCAUGUGCUCAAUUUGAAGCAAUACACGCACGUUUUUGGGGAGUACGCGCAAAAGUUGAAUUGCGAUUUGGAGGAGAAAGCGAACGGAGAGGAAUUUGAUAUUCAUCCAUUCUUGAGUCUAACUACUAUGUACGUUCUAUUAGAGACUUCUUUAGGUGUUAAAACUGAAACUUUGGGAGUCGAUGCCUUGGAUUAUGCAGAAGCUGUAGAAAGAUUAGGCCGUUGUGCCCAUCAGAGAGUCUACAAAGUGUGGUUGAGAUUCAACGCGAUUUUCCGCUUCUCGAAGCUACGACAGACGCAAGAGAAAUAUCUGAAAGUGGUGCAUCCUUUAACUGAAAGAGUUAUAGCGGAGCGGAAGAAAUCCUAUCUGAAUGGUGAUUCCGAUGAAAGAUCCUGGCCGCUAUUUAUCGACGGCUUCUUCAAGGCGCGAGACGAGCAAGGACAAGGAUUGAGCGAUCAGGAAAUCAAAGAUGAAGUCAUGACAAUGAUGUUCGCAGGUCAGGACACGACUACCGUCUCCGUUGGAUUCGCACUCAGUUUACUCGGUCUAAAUCCGGAUAUACAGGAUAAGCUCGUGAUGGAGAUCGAUAAAGUAUUUGGGGAUUCCGAGCGGGCCCUUGACUACGAGGAUUGCAAGAAUCUGCCGUACAUGGAGCAAGUGAUUCAAGAAACGUGGAGACUUUACCCGCCGAUUCCCCUGAUGGGAAAGAUGCCCACCGAGGAUAUUCAAUUAGAUGAGUACACGUUGCCGAAGGGCUGUACGAUUGCGGUGAUGAUCAUGAAGGUGCACAGGGAUCCCAGUCAGUACCCGAGGCCGAACGUCUUCGAUCCCGACAAUUUCCUGCCGGAGAGGAUCAAGCAGAGGAGCCCAUACAGCUUCAUACCUUUUUCGGCUGGGCACAGAACAUGCAUCGGACAACGAUAUGCUAUGUUACUGAUAAAAGUAUUGCUUGCAAACAUCCUGAGAAGAUACACGGUGACUUCUACAGUACCAAUGAAGGAAUUCCAAUUAGCAGCGCAGACAACUUUGAAAAGAAAAGAUGGCUUCAGGAUCAGACUUCGCAAACGACAUAUUGAAACGAUUCAUUAAUUCGAAAUGCAUAAAUGUUAAUGCUUUCCUUUUGAU